AUGGACCGUGAAAAAGCACCAAGUACGGUGACCGCGAUGCCUUCCGGUAACCCGCCGCCGGCCCGGGACGGCCCUGAGACCGAGACGCCGCCGUCCGAAGACCCAUCCGUGCCGGACAAGGAGGUCAUCCAGCCAGAUGAACAGGAAUACGUUACGGGUUUCAAGUUGGCCAUUAUUGUUGCCAGCGUCGCCCUUGCUUGUUUUCUGAUGCUCCUGGAUACCAUGAUUAUCAGCACGGCAAUCCCACGCAUCACAGAUACCUUCAACUCGCUCCCCGAUGUUGGAUGCGCCGCGCCACAGCCACUCACGGGAAAAAUAUACACACACUUCAACACCAAGUGGUCAUUCUUUGUCUUCUUCGGUAUCUUCGAGAUUGGCUCCGUUCUCUGUGGCGCCGCCGUCUCAUCCGCCAUGCUCAUCGUCGGCCGAGCAGUAGCCGGAUUCGGCGCGGCUGGCAUUAUUAACGGCGCGAUUACCAUCAUCUCGAGCUGUGCUCCGCUGGAGAAACGCCCUGUAAACCAGCUUGGUUUAGUCGCAGGGCCCCUAAUCGGUGGCGCGUUUACCUCGUACACAACAUGGCGGUGGUGCUUCUACGUCAACCUCCCCGUCGGUGCCGUUGCCGUGCUAGCCCUCCUCAUCCUUCGCAUCCCCGAGCAGACAAAAAAGCAGAACCCGUUGGUGGUGCUCCAGAAUCUGCACCACUACCUCGACCUCCUCGGGUUCGUUCUGUUUGCCCCCGCUGUCCUGCAGCUCCUCCUCGCUCUCCAAUACGGAGGCAGCCAGUACCCAUGGAACUCAUCCCGUGUGAUCGGUCUGUUCUGCGGCUCGGCUGCCAAUUUUGUGGUGUGGCUCCUCUGGAACCGGUAUAAGGGGGAUGAUGCACUGCUUCCGCCGUCCAUGGUCAAGCAGACGGCAGUCUGGGCGUCGGGGCUCUACCAGGCGUUCAUGAUUUCGGCCGUGUACGGUGCCACGUUCUUUCUUCCGAUUUACUUCCAGGCCAUCAACGACGCGAGCCCGAUGAUGAGCGGCGUGUACCUUCUUCCCACCAUCCUGCCACAGCUGUUUGCGGCUGGAUACGUGAUCUACCUCGCCAUCCCCGGCACCAUCCUCCUCUCCAUAGGCUCCGGGCUCUACUCCAUCCUCAGACCCGGCAGCCCAACCGGAUGGUGGGUUGGCUUCCAGAUCAUCGCGGGCUUCGGUUCCGGCCUCAGCAUGCAACUGGCCAUCCUCGCCGUGCAAGCCGCCGUCGGCGCCGACAACCUGGCCACCGGCAUGGCCUUCGUGAUCUUCGCGCAGUCCCUCGGGCCCGCCAUCAUGCUCGCACUCUGCGACGUCAUCUUCGACGCCAGCCUGCGGUCGGGGCUGCAGGCGCGGGUGGGCCACCUCGACACGGAGGCUAUCAUCCGGGCGGGGGCGACGGGGUUCCGCGCGAUCGUGCCGGCGGUGGAUCUGCCCGCGAUUGUCAUGGUGAUUGCGGAUAGCGUGGAUCGCGUGUUUUAUUUGGUGGCGGCGGUGGCGGCGGUUUGUGGGGUGGUGUUGUGGGGGAUGGGGUGGACGGAUUUGAGGAGGCGGGAGGAGGGGGGUGCGGCGGGGGAUGUGGAGGGUGGGAAGGAGAAGGCGAGUGAGCUGGCGUAG